AUGAUCAUCUACAAGGAUAUCUUCUCUGACGAUGAGCUUGUCUCUGACACCUUCAAGCUCAACGUGGUCGACGGCGUCCUCUUCGAGGCCGACUGCAAGCUUAUCCAGAAGAAGACGAACGAAGAUAUCCAGCUCGAGGGCGCCAACCCCUCCGCCGAGGAUGGUGAGGACGACGCUGGUGGUGAGGGCGGCACCGUUCAGGUCCUCGACAUUCAGGACCAGUUCCGCUACAUGAAGAAGGUCCACACCAAGCUUAAGGAGAACAAUACCCCCCAGGCUGAGAUCGACGAGUUCACGAAGAAUGCCCAAACCGGCCUCAAGAAGAUCCUUGGCAACUUCAAAAACUACGAUAUGUUCAUUGGUGAAUCCUUUGAUGCUGAUUCUAUGCUCGUCCUCAUUGACUACCGCGAGGACGGUGUCACCCCCUACGCCACUCUCUGGAAGCACGGCCUUAAGGAGAUGAAGGUCUAG